AGCUGCAGUGGCAGAUAAACAUGCCUGAACCGUCUAAGCCAGCGCCCAAGAAGGGCUCCAAGAAAGCGGUGACCAAGAGCGCCGGAAAGGGCAGCAAGAAGAGGAGAACCAAGAGAAAGGAGAGCUACGCCAUCUACGUGUACAAGGUGAUGAAGCAGGUCCAUCCCGACACCGGCAUCUCGUCCAAGGCCAUGGGCAUCAUGAACUCGUUCGUCUGCGACAUCUUCGAGCGGAUCGCCGGCGAGGCCUCCCGCCUGGCUCACUACAACAAGCGCUCCACCAUCACCUCCAGGGAGAUCCAGACCGCUGUCAGGCUGCUGCUGCCCGGUGAGCUGGCCAAGCACGCCGUGUCCGAGGGCACCAAGGCCGUCACCAAGUACACCAGCUCCAAGUAAAGCUUCACUGCUUAACACCAACACAACGGCUCUUUUAAGAGCCACACACUUCAUCUGCAGAGCUGCUGGUCCACAUUAACUGUGUGGAGGCUUCAUUUUGACAUACCACUUCGAAAACUUCACAUUUUCACAAAAGCAAACACUGAUCAUCCUACCUCAGCUCUUGUGUGUGUGUGGAGGGGAGGGGGGACGGUCAUUAAAUAUUUGUACUGGAUGAUAAAAAUGACCGUAUUGAAGACUGAAAAUGAUUCAGCCACACGGAGAGAGAGAGAGAGAGGGGAAAAAAAACGAUGACUUUGAAUGUCAGUGUUCUCUGUUCUUACCCAGCUGACUCUAUUGAAAGGUGCCAUGAAUCAACAUUUAUAUGUGGGUUGUAAACUGUCGAUUGUUUAUGAGAAAAUGUUUGAAAUUAGAUAAAUAUAUUACUUAGCAGAAAGGAAAACCGCGAAUUAAAAGUCCAUUAAUACCA